AGGAAGGAGUGCCCCAGUCCCACGCACUCGAGAGUCGAGGGGGUCUGUCCCAUCCUUAUCUCCGCUAGCUAGCUCGCUAUAGGCCCCUGGUCUUUACUCUCCAGGCCAAACAGAAGCAGCUACUAGGCGAAGGACACAUCCGCAUUAUCCAUCGAUCGGCCUUGUCCUGUCCGCGGGUGGCGCCGGACGCCGGUGACAACCGACAGGGCAGCAAGCGUGGAUCAUCCGAGCGGAAGCGGAAGCGCUCCUCCUCCGGCUCCGGGGCACCGUCGCGACAGCAGAGGCCCGCCGCCAUCACCUCGUCCGCCGCCGCCGCCGCCGCCGCCGCCGCCGGCGCAACAACGAGGUGACCACCAUGGGCAUGGAGAGCCGGAGGUCGUCGGGGAGGAGGCUGCUGGCGUUGGCGUUGCGACGACGAGCUACCAGCACCAGCAGUACGAGCUCGCCGUCAUGGUGGCGGCGCUCACCCACGUCAUCAGCUCCACUCGACCGGGACCGGCGGCCGCCGCCGGUGCAACCGCGCCCGGGCAGCAAGCUGUGACCCGCCAACACAGCGCUCCUCUGGCCGUGGCGGCGACGUCGUCGUCAUCAACGGCGUCGGAGCAGCAGCAGCAGCGUCCGCGGUACCGUGGCGUACGGCAGCGGCCGUGGGGCAAGUGGGCGGCGGAGAUCCGCGACCCCGUGAAGGCGGCGCGCGUAUGGCUGGGCACCUUCGACACGGCCGAGGACGCCGCACGCGCCUACGACGCCGCCGCGCUCCGCUUCAAGGGCGCCAAGGCCAAGCUCAACUUCCCUGGCGCCGGCGGUGCGCCUGCGCCACCCCGCCAUGCCGUCGGCCAGCUCCUGGCGCCCGGAGGCGGGGCAUCGCCGUCGAUGCGGCAGCAGCAGCGACCCGUGGUGGUGGCCUUCCGUCCGCAGAUUAACUCCCUGGCAGCCGUUGCUCGGGAGGAGUUCCCGGACCUCCACCGGUAUGCGCACAUACUGCAGAGCGGUGACGUGGACCUGCGGGCUGUUGCAGCCGGCGGGAACACACCGGGGCAGUCGUCUUCGUCGACGCCGGCGCACGACUCGAGGUCGCCGCCCCGGCCGGAUGAUCGCGGAUAUGGCGAGAGAAGUGCAGGCCCUGGCUGCUAACUGAGUAGUACUCUUACUGAAUACGUACUGAUCGACGUGUACAUGAGAAAAACAAGUUCUGUUUCUUUUCAUCUUUUUGUUUGCGUAUUUCCUUAUUUAUUUUUGGUAAAAUGAAUAGACACAACACUAGAAACAG